UUGAAAGAGAAGAAAUUAUUCUACAAACUUUACAAUUAAUUUUCUGAUUUUGGUCCAUAAAGUCUAGCAGCGUAAAAAGUUGCAUUUUUUUUCUAAUUCCCUAAGUUAUAUAUGGCUGAGAAAGGUAGUGGGAAGAGGUUUUCUCACACGAAGGGCAAGGGAUCAGGGAAAGUGAUGUCAAAACCAUCACCAGAAUCGUUAGAUCCAUCAUCUCCAGCUCCUCACAUUCCUCACAUAAAAUGUCAGGAUAAUGCUGAUGCUUUACCAAAAUAUUAUUCAGCACUGACUCGUUCAGCAAACAGUGAACUACCACCUGAUGACCUCGAACCCAUUCAAUCUGAGCUCGAAGCUUUACUUUCAACAGUGGCACUACGAUACCGAGUAUUAAAAUCGGAACUAGAGUCUAGUGAUAGUCGAAGAACAAAACAUCUCGAUCGAGCUCCAAUAUCACCUGACAAACGAAGACGUGGGGCGCCAAGUAGUAGUGGAAAACCUCGAAAAUUCUCCUCCGGAAAUUCUCCUCUUAAUCACCCGCCUAAUAAAAUCUCAAAAUUAAAGACAUCGUCAGUUUCUCCCGCGCCAAGUCAACACACAGACGACAGUUCAGAUGUAUCACUUCAUAAUCCAAAAAAUCUUUAUCAUCGCAAUGACACUCCGAACAAAUUCUGGCUCUCUAUAGAACCUUACACAGUGCCAAUCACACAAGAAGAUAUCAGAUUACUUGAUGGGCUGUUAGAAGAGUAUUCAGGCACGUUGGCACCUCAAAUUCCUGAGCUUGGACCACAUUAUACAACUCAAUGGGGUAUUGAAGAACACAAGGAAGAGCAAGAUGUUGGACAUCCGCAAAUAAAAGGAAAAAAGACUUCAAACUUCCAACAAAACGGUGAUGUUAUGCGAGUGUUAAGAAAUAGCAAGAAGAUGGGAGAUGGAAUUACUGGGCCCUUUACUCAAAGGCUUGUAAGCGCACUUAUGGAAGAAAAUAUGAUCGGUGAUGGACAUUCGACAGCAACAGCUACAACAACAAGCACAGAGAAUUCCAACAGUAGUCUUGAAAACAUACCAAAUAAUACAAAUAUGGUGCAUACGCGGAGUGCUGCAAAUCUUCUUAAAAAUGGUAUCGCAGCUGAGAGGCGGAUACGAAAAGAAUUGAUAGAACAGGGAAUAUUGGAAGCAAAAGAUGCUGUGCCAAGUGGAGAGAGGCAGGAUGAUGUUGAUGAAGUUCUAAUGGAGAUCCAACGUGUAAGAUCUGAUCUUAUGGCUAUCGCUGAGUCGAAUACAAGCCAAUUAGCGACUCUUAAAGAAGUAGCAUUAAAUGAGAUAAAACGCUUAGAAAUCAAAAAGAAACUUGACGAUGUUGAUCAUGAAAUUAUUGAGCAUCAUAAGCGUAUUCAAUUAGCGAAACAGAAAGGACGCUCGCUACCAAAAUCAGAGCGUGAUGAAAUUUUACGACUGACGGAGAAACAGAAAAAGUUGAGUCAUGAAUUAGAUUGUCUCAAUGUUCCGGGUUAUACGCUGAGCUUUCUUACCUAA